AUGAGUCCCGCGGUGCGAAAAGCCGCGUGUAGCUGGAGGCUGCUGGUCGUCUUGGUGCUGCUGGGCGUUGUGGCCUUACAGGUGCUCCUGAAUGGGUACGUUCACAUCGCCGGGACCGGGCGGCCCCACUGGCCCUACGGCGGCUCCUCACGUCUCAUUAGAGAAGGCCUGUCCAGGGACAUCGGGAGGCAGUGGGAGACCGCAAGGAGGUUUCUACCGUCCUACGGAAGAACGGUCGUUCCACCACCGGCAACCACACAGACUCUACCCGCGCCAACCAGCCAGACAUUCCCCUCGGGGAGUCACUUAGGCGGCAACACGAAGCCCAAGAGCGGGAGCAACCGAAGGAACUGUGCCCGCUGGUGCCCCCACAUUCUCGUUGGACCUUUAAUAGUCGACGUGAAAGGCGUCUCCAAAUUUCGUGACAUAGCGAAGAAAAACCCCGAGGUGAGACCAGGUGGAAGAUGGAAUCCGCCAUAUUGCAAGUCCAGGCACAAGGUGGCGGUUAUUGUUCCCUAUCGUGACCGCGAGCAGCACCUGCGGAUCUUUUUAAAACACAUGCACCCUGUACUGAAGCGGCAGCAGCUCGACUAUGGGAUCUACAUCGUGGAACAGUACGGAGAACCGAAGUUCAACCGUGCGAUGCUGUUUAACAUCGGUUUUAAGGAGGCGCUGAAGGAGUACGACUACGACUGUUUCAUCUUCCACGACGUGGAUCUGAUCCCCGAGGACGACAGGAACAUCUACUCCUGCCCGGACACGCCCAAACACAUGUCCGUCGCUGUGGACGAAAUGAACUACAAGUUGCCUUACGAUGGAAUUUUUGGCGGCAUCUGUGCCCUGUCGACGGUGCACUUCCAGCGAGUGAACGGCUUCUCCAACUCGUUCUGGGGCUGGGGAGGAGAAGAUGAUGACAUGGCAAACAGACUGACUGCCCAUAGUCUGUAUGUCAUGAGACCUCCAGCUGAAAUUGCCCGCUACAAGAUGAUCCCUCAUAGGAAGGCCAAGCCGAGUCCUGACAGAAUUCAGAAGCUGAAGACGGGGCGAGACAGGUACGGAACAGACGGACUGAACAGUCUGGAAUACGAGCUUCUCGCGCUGUCACAUCAACCCUUGUUCACCUACAUCGCUGCAAAACUGGAGCGGACUGCCGACCCCACAGAAGAGUCGUGGAUUCCUUCCUGGCUGUUUACGAACAGUGCCAAAUCAUUUGUGGACAUGUGGAAGAAGAAUUGGGCAGAGCUCAAGCGUAAGCCUCUUGAUAACGACACCAUUUCCCGCUAUCAGAAGAACUGGAAAGAAAGAAAACCUAACAAAUUCAAACCGUAUGGUGGGGAUCGAAAGAGCAGGUACGUGGUAUCGAACACCACUCGCGAGGAGGACAUUAGGAACUUUAUCCGGAGGGACGGUACCUUCGCUACAACUACGCAAAGCCAAACCAAACGGCUCGGACAUGCUGCAAGGAUAACAAACCAACAACAAGCUCCUUCAUAUCGAGGUAAUGUACAGACAAACAGGUUAUCGCAGAACUCAUCUAUGCAACAGGCGGAUCAAACCCUCUAUAAAACGCCUGUUCUGGAUACUAUUGGGAAAUCCCAGAUCCCACAGACAAGGAUGCACGCUUAUCGAGGACCAAAUGGAACAUUGGACAGGAAGGGUAAGGUACAGGCAGAUCGUAGGAAGAAGUAUCGACCCAAGUCACAACAGAGAAAGCAGCCCCAAACGUGGCAUCGGGUCCACAGAUACGAUCAGAGGCCAGCUAGAUAAAAUCAGUGUACUAACUGACGGCAUCACCAAAUGAUGCGUAGUCAGCUAAAUCUAAUAUGCAUACAAUCAUCAGCACUUGUGGACAUUUCACCACCAUCAUCACGCUCACUAUUCUCAUGCAUCGAUCAUCUCUGCAUGUACGUUCUGCUCUUCAGCUCAUGAAUUGUCACGUUUUCACACAAUCACAGGAAAGCCCUCUGUCAGGCGUAAUGUAGUAGGAACGUAACGUCUAACAUGGUCCAAGGAUGACACAUUUUAGAUUCUUUAUUGACUCAACAACAGCACAGGGAGUUUCGUAUGGUCUGCUACAACUGAUGACGAUGCAAUAACCAUGAGCGUACACCAAUGGCAACGAAAACUGAGACAUGCCAAUGCCACCAUAUCAAGAAAUUUAAAUUUAAAACCUUCUAACUGAAGCCAGUUUAAUGUCAAUACCCAUUAUAUCCCGUUGAAGUGUCGAUACAAACAUUGUCUAUAUUUUCUAAGCAACUAGCAUUACAUCUGUUGGACUAUGGUGCCAUGGAAUGCCAAGGAACUGACAACAUAUCACGGGCGGUGGAUGUGGGGAUGAAUUUUUGGGAUGAAAUUUAAAACUGUGCCUUGUUUGUUACACUGCAGCUUUACUUCUUUAUCUUUAAAAAAGAUCUGUCACAGACGAGUGACGACCAUAUAUUUUUUUCGCU